UUGAGUUCGAUUGUUCCGAUCAAAAUGUUCAACAUCGCCAAAGAGCACGCUUUUGAGGUGGACACAAAGCUCCGCAUUCUUCGCAAAAAGACCGCAAAUUUCGCUUGCGGUUACAUCCAACAGGACCCCAACAAGCUCGAAUCCGCCAAACAAUUCAUCGCCGUCAGCGGGGACUCGUUGGAAGAGAUCGAAACCAGUUGUUUGGGGUUCACAGCCGGAACGGACGAACUGGAACGUUUACUCGUGGAAGCUGAUGAAACGGCCGAUAAGAUAUUUGCCCGACUGAGCGAAUUCUACGCCGAUUGUAGAUAUGACAUGCCACCGGUUGAGGAUGAAGAACUCCCCGUUGGGAUUCCGUUGGCCAAAUUAGUCUUAGAUGAACCAGAAACUACGGACGAAUCUCAGGAUGUAACAAACAGUUCAGGGUUACCGAAUGCAAGCGAAACGGAAACAGAUGACGAAUUCAAACCGAAUGUGUUCAUUAGUAGACCGUCGGAUUCGGGAGGGCCACCGAGCUGGACACCGAUGAUCAAGGCGAGGAAGAAUAUAUUUUAGGACUUAUUUAAAUAUUUUCUCACUAAGAUUGUAGCCAUGUUUGUAUAUAAAGCGGAAUUUAUUGAUCAUUAUAUCAUACCAUUAACGUAAAAAAGAUUUGUUGCUAGAAAAGAACAAAGAUAUCAUUCACGGCCAUUAGCCCCAUUCCAUUGCCGUCCGUCAACAUAGUCCUGCUGCUGAAGUUGCAUGAGCAAUAGCUCGGCCGUUCGCACGCUAAUAAACGCCAUUGAUGCUACUAUGCAUUGGAUUAUUAUUCGCUCGGUUCUGGAUCCUUCGCCGGGGGUUAUCGCUGGUUGUGAUCUUCUCCGCUUCCAAC